CCUUGUAUGAUAGAGAUACAGAGAGAUAUAGAGAGAUGUUAAAAAAACAGAGGCAAGGAAGAAAGCGGGACUGUUAGUAUAUGAAUUGGAGAGGAACUCGAGUAGAUGGCGUGGAGCUGCUACACUCAAGCUCUGCUUCCAGCUGGUUUCACUAGAUUUAUGAAUUGCUGCUGCCGCCGCCGCCGCCUUGGCCCUCCUAAAUUCAUCUUUCUUCCUAAGGGUUACUGUAGUGUCUCUAACAUCCUAAAUACUAAGAAUCUACACGGAGAUGCUCCCCCAAUUUCUUCUACUAGCUUGGAAGCCACACUCUUGAAUUACACCCAACGUCAACAAGACACGUCAUCCGUUGGAAUGACCUCUCCAAAUGCUCGUGUUAUGCUUAUUGAUGGCACAUCAGUCAUUUAUAGAGCUUACUACAAGCUUCUUGCUAAACUCCAUCAUGGUCAUCUAACUCAUGCUGAUGGAAACGGAGAUUGGGUUUUGACUAUAUUCACAGCUUUGUCUCUUAUAAUUGAUGUUCUAGAAUUUAUUCCUUCACAUGUGGCGGUUGUCUUUGACCAUGAUGGAAUACCAUAUGGUCAUGUCCCUGUCUCAUCAAAACAAAGUUUUGUGGCUAAAGGCUUGAACUUUCGUCACACUCUUUACCCGCCUUACAAGAGUAACCGAUCUCCGACCCCUGAUACGGUAGUUCAAGGGCUUCAAUAUUUGAAAGCUUCACUUAAAGCUAUGUCCGUCAAAGUAAUUGAGGUGCCUGGUGUUGAAGCUGAUGAUGUUAUAGGAACUUUAGCUUCAAGGAGUGUUAGUGAUGGGUAUAAGGUACGAGUUGUCUCCCCGGACAAAGAUUUCUUUCAAAUUCUAUCUCCUUCGUUACGCCUAUUGCGAAUUGCUCCUCGUGGAUUGGAGAUGACUUCAUUUGGCAUAGAGGAUUUUGCUAAAAAGUAUGGCACGCUCAAACCUGCUCAGUUUGUUGAUAUAAUUUCGCUUGUGGGUGACAGAGCUGAUAAUAUACCAGGAGUUGAUGGAAUUGGGAAUGUGCAUGCUUUGCAGUUGAUCACGAAAUUUGGUACGUUGGAGAACUUGUUACAAAAUGUUGAUCAAGUUGAAGAGGAGAGAAUCAGAAAGGCUUUGAUUUCAAAUGCGGAAGAGGCUAUUCUUAGCAAAAAUUUGGCAUUGUUGCGUUCGGAUCUACCAUUUUACAUGGUCCCUUUUGCAACAACAGAUCUCAAGUUUACCAAACCAGAGGACAAUGGGGAGAAAUUUACGAGCCUGUUGACAGCGAUAAGUGCCUAUGCAGAAGGAUUUUCAGCAGAUAAAGUCAUUCGAAGAGCUCUUUAUUUAUGGAAGAAGCUUGAGAAGCAAUAGUAUGAUUCAGUUUAGAAUGUCUACUAUGUAAAUGAGUAUAGGUGCUUGCUUAUAGACAUUGCCUUCUUGGUGCAAAUAAUUGGAAUCCUUAAUGUAAAUGAGUUGCCUAGUUUCCUGGUAGAUGUAAUCCUUGGAUUUUUUUUAUUUUUUUUUAUAUAAUGCCUUCUUAAUGCAAAUCCAAUUUGUCAUCAA